AUUAUAACGACAAUUUUUAAAUCCUUUAGUGAUAGGUAUGCAUUCAGAAAGACCAGGGGUGCCGGCAGUAUUGAAAAAAGAAAGCGACUAUCAUAUUGAUCUUCCCCUAAUAUUCAAAAAGCAGGAAGGCCAAAGUAGAAACUUUAAAAAUGUUUCCCUUCGGAGAAACACCUCGCUCCACAACAAGGAAUACAGAUGGUCUGAAGCCAGAUUCGUCAGCAAGAGAGGGAGGGUUAAAAUCUACCUUAGACACAUUCCCCAAAAAUCCAUGAGAUAUGUCAAGGAUCUUGGAAAUACAUUAGUAAACUUACAAUGGAGAUGGGUAAUUUUAAUCGUAACUCUCGUAAACCUCACCGCAUAUUUCACGUGUGCUUUGAUUUUUUACUGGGAUUCGUGGCUGAGUGGAGAUUUUGAAACUGACCAGAAAGGUCAAGGUUUAUGCAUGAAGGGAACAAAUCACGCCUUUGCAAAGUUUUUUAUGUUGGGCAUAGAAACCAUAACAACUACCGGCUACGGAUAUUGGCACCCGACGGAAAAUUGUAACUUCUUCUAUAUUGCUUUGGGAUUUAGCACACUGAUUAGCAUAUUGAUAGAUGGAAUUUUUAUUUCAGUUGUCUAUGUUAAACUGAACAGAACAAAAACAUUUACCUUCGAACAAAUCUUUAGCAGAAAAGCCGUGGUAUCGUUCUGCAAUGAGAAGCUUUGCCUAAUUUUUCGUCUGAAUGAUAGGGAUGGGAAACAUUGGAUCAGUACGGCUGUACGGUUAUACUUACUGAAGCAGUUUACAUCAGCGGAGGGUGAAAUCAUUCCAAAUUUUGUUUACGAACUAAAAACAAAACCACACGGAAUGUUAUUUUUACCAGUCGAAAUAAUACACGAAAUUGACCAACACAGCCCUUUAUGGGAUAUGUCCGCGCAAGAAUUUAUGACUACAAAGAUCGAAAUUAUAGCGGUGGUGUCUGGAAGUUCUAUUCAAACGGGCCAAUCCACCGUAAGUCAAACUUCGUAUCUCAAUAAGGACAUUAUGUGGGGCUACACAUUCAGCCCUUGUCUGGAAUUUAACAACAAAUUAGAAUUGGUCGUGAAUAAACGAGCAUUGAACCAUACCGUGCCCCAGGAAGUUCCACUUUGUAGUGCAAAGUGUUUAAACAAAUUACAAAAUCAGAUUGCAGCUCGUAGAAAUUCUAUGAAUCUGAACUUACUACUACAUGGUUUGGAUAUUGUUCGGACAAGUAGAAAACAUAUCGACCUAAUAAAAGUCUGUUAAUUUUUAUAAGGUUUUUAAUAAAAUUAAAAUAGGA